GAAGGAAGUAAGACACUUAAAAACCUAUACGAAUAAAACUCCGCCAUCAGUGUGUGAAUCAGAAGGCAAACGCAGUUGUGAUUGAAGCAGGCAUUUGAUCCACUGGAAGUAAAUUAAAGGAACUGUACAGGAAAGUCCAAGACCAAGACAAAUACCAUUGUUGAGGAGUAUCAGUCAAAGGCAGAAAUCACCUGGGCUAUGAAGGAGCUGAUGAGAUAAAACAUGGAGCAAAAGAUUGUUGCUGAUAAAACAGAUGACGCUCCUCGUGAGUUAGUUCCUUCUAUUCAUGCCGCGGUUCAUCAUUUCCAACCCAGCUACACCGCUCAGAGUGAAGGCAAUGUGGUCGCUCCCUCCUUCAUUGGUUCUAGCGUUGGCACCGUAAACAUCAAUUUCAUCUCAAGGAGCCGAGGGUCUAUUGUUUCAUCAAAAGAAGCAUUGAACCAUGACAGUGCAGACAUCUGUGGCACCCUGCAGCCCCAGAAUGAUAAGAUUGCACAAUGUCAAGAGAAACUAAAAGCUGUUCUGAAGAAAAAGUUCAGCCACUUGCUCGAUGGGAUGACGAAGGAAGCAAACUGGAUACCUCUCAAUAAGAUCUACACAGAGCUCUACAUCACCGAGGGAGGAAGUGGUGAGGUCAACACGGAGCAUGAGGUGAGGCAGAUUGAGACGGCAUCCAGGAUACAUGUGGCCCAGGAGGAAUCCAUCCACUGCAAUCACCUCUUUGAUCCUCCACCUGGACGAGACUACUGCAUAAGAACUGUGAUCACGAGGGGAGUCGCUGGCAUCGGAAAAACCGUAUCUGCCAAUAAAUUCACUCUAGACUGGGCUAAGGGGGAAGCGAACACCAACCUGGCAUUUGUAUUUCCUCUCUCUUUCCGCGAGCUGAAUCGGAUGAAGAAGAAAAGCGUCAGUCUAGUGGAGCUUCUCAGUGACCUUUUCCCCGAAACAAAGGACACAGGAAUCUUCACUUAUGGUAAAAGCGAAAUGCUCUUCAUCCUGGACGGGCUGGACGAGAGCCGCCUGUCUUUGGACUUCCACAAAAGUGACAUUGUGUCUGAUGUGACGCAGACGACCACGAUCGCGGUGCUUCUCAUCAACCUCAUCAGGGGAAGACUGCUUCCUUCGGCUCUCGUCUGGAUAACAUCUCGCCCGGUAGCUUCCAGUCAGAUUCCUCUGGAGUACGUCCAUCGGGUGACAGAGGUGCGAGGGUUCAACAACCCCCAGAAAGACGAGUACUUCAGGAAGAAAAUCACUGACGAGCGCUUAGCAAGCAGGGUGAUCGAGCAUGUGAAAUCCUGCAGGAGCCUUCACAUAAUGUGCCACAUACCGGUAUUCUGCUGGAUGGCGGCAAGUGUUCUUGAGAAGAAGUUGCCGACGGCAGACAGUAAAGAGACGCUAAAGACCCUCACUCAAAUGUACAUACAAUUCUUGUCCUUGUACGUGGAGACCACAAAGAAGAGGCUUUUUGGGAGGAGAGAGUCAACCGCCGACUGCGUGAGAGAUAAUCUCAUCUCGCUGGGUAAACUGGCCUUCAAGGAGCUCGAGAAGGGCAACCUGAUCUUCUACGAGAGCGACCUCAUCCUGAACGGUAUAAAAGUCUCGCAGGCGUCCAUGUUCUCCGGAGUCUACACGCAGAUCUUCAACGAGGAGCCGGCAGUGUGCGAGGAGAAGAUGUUCUGCUUUGUGCACUUGAGCAUGCAGGAAUUCUUUGCUGCGUUGUACGUCUACCUCACGUUCAACAACGAAAACAACAACGUCCUGGUCAAGAAGUCGUCCGCUUCCAGGCGUUUCCUGUUCAGAGAUCCGUCAGAGCUCCUCCUCUACAAAGAAGCGGUGGAAAGGGCUUUGCGGAGCGAAAAUGGACAUCUUGACAUCUUUCUGCGCUUCCUCCUGGGCCUGUCUAUGGAAUCGAAUCAGACUCUGUUGAAGCAUCUGAUGACCAGCAACAGAACCCAACAAAGAACAAGAACGGAGAUCAUUAAACACAUAAAGGGGAGAAUCCAGCAAAGUCCGUCCCCAGACAGAUGCCUAAAUCUCUUUCACUGCCUCAAUGAGCUGAACGACCACUCUCUCGUGGAGGAGAUACAGAGCUACCUCAGCUCGAGCAGUCGCAACCAAACCAAACUCUCCCCUGCCCAGUGGGCCACUCUGGUCUUUGUGUUACUGACAUCAGAAGAGGAGCUGAGUGUGUUUGACCUGAGCCACUACACCAGAUCAGAGGAAGGUCUUCACAGGCUGCUGCCCGUCUUGAAAACCGCCCGAGUGGCAAUUCUACACGCCUGUAAUCUCACUCAGAGUUGCUGUGAAAAGUUGGCGAAUGGCAUCAACUCAUCCCAAAUUAGAGAGCUGGACCUGGGUAACAACAACCUGACGGAUGAAGGAAUAAUAAAGCUCUCGAAUGGACUGAAGAACAGCAAAUUGGCGACACUCAGACUGAGGAGCUGCAACCUCACGGAGCACAGCUCCGAUGCCCUGGCCUCCGUCAUCAGCUCAGCAUCCUGCCAGCUGAAAGAAUUGGACCUCUCUGACAACGACUUCCAGGAUGUAGGAGUCCAAAAGCUCUCUGGUGGACUGGAGAGUCCUCACUGUAAACUGGAAGUGCUCAUCGUGUCCCUGUGCAGAGUGACGGAGGAAGGAUGCACUUUCCUGGCAUCUGCUUUGAACUCAUCCCGUCUGAGAGAGCUUGACUUGAGCUACAACCACCCAGGAAAGUUGGGCGUGCAGCUGCUGUCUGCUCUGCAGGGCGACCCACAAUGCAGCCUGCACAAACUCAGCGUAGAGCAGUGCGGUGAAUCCAGGGCUCAGCCAGCUCCAAAGAAAUACCAACACAAACUCACCCUGGACCCAAACACGGCACACAGAGACCUUUCUCUGUCCGAGGGAGACAGGAAAGCAGUGCGUUGGACCGAGCAGCCGUAUCCUGAUCACCCAGAAAGGUUUGAUUUCUGGAAUCAGGUGUUGUGCAGGGAGGGGCUGACUGGGCGCUGCUACUGGGAGACAGAAUGGAGGGGGAGAGCGUUCAUAGGCGUGGCCUACAGUAGGAUGUGCAGGAAGGGAGACGGCCAGGACAGCUGGUUAGGCAAAAAUGACUGUUCCUGGGGACUAAACUGCACCAAAGAUGGCUACUGGACCUGGCACAAUGCUGUGCACACUGCUGUACCCAUCCCACCCAAUUCCAAUAAAGUAGGAGUGUAUCUGGACUGGUCAGCGGGGAAACUGUCCUUCUUCAAGGUGUCCUGUGGUGCACCGACCCUCCUCCAUACCUUCCACACCACCUUCACUGAGCCCGUCUACCCAGGGUUUCGACUUGGCUGGGUGGACUCCGCAGUGUACUUGUGCUAGAUGUUACCUGGCAGUGUUGUAGUCGAGACCACCGAAACCCAAACUAAGUAACUGUAAACCACUUCCAUGUGUAUUUACAGUAAGUUACUGGCAGCAAGUUGCUGUGUUUCGAUUUACAAUAAACUACUGUAAUUGUACUAUAAUGCUAUUAACGGUAUACAUAACAUUACUGUAUUUCUAUUAAAAAGCAUUUUACUGUA